AUGGGAUAUUUAACUGAUAGUCACUGUCAUUUCCACCCUGAACUAACAAGACAUGAGUUAGACAAGUUUAUAGAUAUAUUGAAUAAUGGACAUACAUUCAAAGAGAAACUGUUACAUUUAAUGACUACUCAACAUAUUGAUUUACAAUAUAUCGAUAUUUUGUUAACAAAUUUAAUGGAUGCAAAAUUUAUUAUUGUACCUUAUUUUGGUAUACAUCCAUGGUUUAGUCAUUUAUUUACAUUACAUCAUAUAGAUAAACAAGAUCAUUAUAGAAAUGUAUUAAAACCUCAACCUAAUAAGGAAUUACUCGAGAAAUUACCAGAGCCAAUCUUAUUAGAUGAUCAUGUAGCAAAGAUUAAACAAAUUAUUGCAAAACAUGAAUUAGACGUGUUCGGAUUUGGUGAAAUUGGUUUAGACAAAUUAUUUAAGAUUCCAAAUAAUGGUUACCUUGGUAAUUUAAAUUAUUUAAAUGAUUUAAAUGAUGGUAGUAGUAAAUUAUUAUCAAGUAGUAAAGUUAUUAUAUCACAUCAAAUUGAAGUAAUGAAUAAAUUUUUAACAUUGGCUACUGAGUUUAAUAAACCAGUGAGUCUACAUUGUGUAAAAGCGCAUGGUCCAUUAUAUGAUAAUGUUAUAAAAUAUAAAGAUUUAACUGUAUUGUUACAUUCUUAUACGGGAUCUAUUGAUCAAGCUAAAAUAUGGAUAAAGAAUAAAUCAAAUUUAUAUUUUUCAUUAAGUAAUUGGAUUAAUGGUGAGAAGGAAGAAUUACUCAAACAAUUACUAGAAAUUGUUAAACCUAGUCAAAUUGUCACAGAAAGUGAUAUAUACAUAGAUAAACUUUUCAUUCAAGGUAAAAAUCAAGAAUAUUUUAACCAUUUACAAGGUAUAUUUGAUAAAUUAAACAGUUAUAUAAACAUAGAUGUUGAUCAACUACAUAAAAAUAUGUUAAAAUCUAUAAAAUUAUAA